AUGGUGUUCGGAAUCCUUGACGAUCGCAGACUUGAAACUGUCCCGGGAACUGGGCUGCUAUCGGACCGUAGAAAUGUACACGGACACCAGGUUGCCAUAGACAAGGCCGGGGAACUCAAGCACGGCACAGGUAGCUACUCGCAUAUCGUGCUGAUCCCUCAGCCUUCAGAUGAUCCCCGUGAUCCACUGAAUUGGCCUAGGUGGAAGAAGGAAGCAUGCUUUUGGACCUUAAUAUUUGCGACUAGCCUAGCAGGUGUGCUGUCGCCUGAAGCCAGUGCCGGAUAUACGCUGCUAGCGAAGCAGUUCAACGUCUCCGUGGACGAGAUCACUUCGUCUUUCGGCGCGCUCGUCCUAGGGCUGGGGAUAUUUAUGGGGCCUCUCAUAUACGGUUAUGUCAUCCAGAACCUGUCAUGGCAGCUUGGCUUCUGGUUUACCAGCAUUGCUUGUGGGCUUUCCUUCAUCGGUGUUUUCUUCUGCGUUCCCGAGGCAAUGACUACGGAGGUCGAGUCCCAGAUCAAGGAGAAUGCUAGUCGAAACAGCAUAGAGAAGACGCUCCGGAAGUCAGAAAGUCCGGACGUGGAAAGCUUCGACCGCACUCCUCCAUCUCCGAGUCCACCGACCUUCCUCUCCCAGCUAAAGGUGUAUAAUGGAAGGCUCUCUGAAGAGAGCGUCUGGAAGAUCUUAUUGUCGCCGUUGCCAUUUGUCCUGUCGCCGGUGACAUGGUUCGUCUUCUUGACGUACUCGAUGCAAACAGUCUGGUUGAGUCUGGUACCGUUGUGCUCUUCGACGAUCUUCACAAUUGAAUAUAACUUCGAUGCAGCUCAAGUCGGUCUAACCAACCUUGGUGGCAUCGUCGGAAUUGUGCUUGCCAUGCUAGUCACUGGACCCCUCAACGACUGGGGCAUCGUCUGGAUAUCCCAGAGGAAUCGUGGGGUCUAUGAACCGGAAUACCGGCUCAUGUUCAUGAUUGGAAUGUUAUUCGGGGUAUUUGGCUACGUAGGCUGGGCAGUGGGAAACGACCAACACAUGCCGUGGAUCGGCGCAGUAGCAUGCAUCACAAUGCUCAAUUUCAGCAUGGUCGUCUCCGGUUCGGCCGCAGUGACGUACCUGCUCGACACCCACCGCGCGAACGCGCUGCACAUCCUCUCCAUCACGAACUUCGCGAAGAACAUGGUCCUCUACGGCUCCACGUUCUUCGCCAACGGCAUCGUCAUUUCCCGCGGAGUCAAGGUAGCGCUCCUCAUCCUCGGCGCCUGCCAGGCGUUCUGCUGGCUCGCCUCGGUCCCGAUGUAUAUAUACGGGAAACGCGUCCGGUCCUUUAUCGCGCGCCAUCCCCGCCUUUUCCGAGGAGACCUCCCGGCAUCCGAAUUCCCGGCUGGCGAGCAUGCGGAGCGGCGCUAG